AUGUACGCCGGUCGGCCGAACGGUCAUCGUCUCGAUCCACCAGCCCGAUCGGACAUAUUCCAUGCGCUCGACAAUCUGCUGAUCCUCGCCAAAGGCGGACACGCUGUCUUCAGUGGGAAACGCAAAGACGCGCGGCCUGGCAAGGCGACGGAGUCGAAAGCACGGGUCGCGGCGUUGAUCGAGUGGUGGGAUCAGACCGCACAACAGGAGAAGGGCCAGAAUGAGAAGCAGGUGACGGCCGAGUCCGAGGAAGGGGUAGUCCCAGCUGCAUCUGAAAGCCGGUUCACGCCUGUUUACAUCGCAUUCCCGGUUGUUGCUGAGCGCAUGUUCAAGAAUCUGUGGCGGCAGAAGGAGGCGUUUGGGGCCGGAUCACACAGACGCCGUUGGCUGCUGUCGUUUGGCCCCACCGGUGGUCAGGAUCGGAUUGGUGUCAACUUGCAGUCGACCUCGGCUCUUCCUUUCAUUGGCCUGAUCAACGGAAUUGCCAUCUUUCCGCAAGACCGACAGCUGUUUAUGCACGAAUACCGCAGCCCAGCAGCAUACUCUGUGACGACCCUGAUCUUGUCGUACUCGCUUAUUGAGAUACCCGCUCAAAUCAUCGCUUCGUUGUUUUAUGCUAUCUUUAUGAAUGUUGCGGUGGGGAUGCAAACAAGCGCGCGGAUCUACUUUGAGUACGCGUUGACGAUCUGGACUCUGCAGAGUCUCGGGGAGAGCAUCGCCCUCAUCUUCGCGUCGUUCUUCGAUGCGAUGGGAAUCGCCGUCUCGCUGGUGUCGACUACGCUGAGUAUGGUCACUCAGUUUAGCGGGAUCUUGUCGCUGGCAGUGACUGCCAGCGACACUGUCCACAAGGUCAGAUCCUCAAUCAUUCCUCACUCCUUCCGAGAACACUCACAGAUCCCGCUAAAUGAGUGA